CUUGGGAGAGGGAGAUUUGAGCUAAGCAGCGAGUCGGGAGGGAGACAGAGUCGAGUCGACUCGAGUGAAGCUACUCGCUGUUUCAAUCAAACUUUCAAAUCUUUUGAAGCCAAACCUAAUCCAUCAGGAGAGAGAUUUUUGUAUCAUUUAAGAAAAGAAAAAAGAUCUCAACAAGUUCACAGCAGCAUUUCAACAAUGAACAGGAUUAUCUGCUGUAAUAAUAGGAUUUUUGCAACAAAAGCUGGCUCAAAUGUUUAUAGAUUGAGAAUUCCUUGGAGGCCACUUUCUAAUGAUGCUGCCCCACUAUUAUCUAGCCAAAAUGCUGGAAACCCUGAAAAAGAGAGUGAAGCUAAACAAUAUGACAUUGCAAUUGUUGGAGGUGGCAUGGUUGGCCUGGCCCUCGCUUGUUCCUUAGCUAGUAGACCGCUAACAAGACACUUGAAUGUUGCCAUCAUUGAUAGCAAUCCGGCUUUGGGGAGAAAACACUUCAUUAAGAAAGAAGACCUCCCUGACCCAAGGGUCAGUACAAUUACACCUGCGACUAUAUCUUUCUUUAAAGAUAUUGGUGCUUGGCAAUUUGUUGAGCAGCAUCGACAUGCCUACUUUGAUAAGAUGCAGGUUUGGGACUAUACUGGUUUAAGUUAUGCAAAAUACAAUGCUAGGGAUGCAGACAAAGAAGUACUCGGGUGCGUUGUGGAAAAUAAGGUGCUACUUAGUUCUCUGCUGUCGCGUGUGCAGGAAACAGAUUUGCCGAAGAAAAUAUACCCAUCAAGAUUGAAUUCAAUGUCUAUACUACCAAAUUCUUCAUCCUCGGAAGUUGACAGCACAUUAUCGAUGACAGCAUUGUUUACUCAUGGGCGUUUAGCAAAGUUAGAACUGGAGGAUGGCAAUAGCCUAUACGCGAAGUUGGUGGUAGGAGCAGAUGGGGGCAAAUCACGAGUUAGAGAGUUAGCAGGAUUCAGAACAACGGGAUGGAACUACUCACAGAAUGCCAUCAUAUGUACAGUUGAACAUGAUGUAGAAAACCAUUGUGCAUGGCAGAGGUUUCUACCUUCUGGUCCGCUUGCUCUUCUGCCUAUAGGUGAUAAGUUUAGCAAUAUCGUUUGGACUAUGAGCCCGAAAGAGUCAUCAGAGUUUAAAUCAAUAACCGAAGAUAACUUUCUGAAAGCUGUAAAUCGUGCUCUGGAUUAUGGUUAUGGUCCUCAUCCUACACCAAGCAUAUUGGGUAGUUCAGACUUAUUUUCUUGGCUCAAAGGAGGUAUCUCCAAGUCUGCUAAUGAUUGCUUUGAAAUCCCACCAAAAGUAAUCAAAUUGGCCUCUGAAAGAAUGGCUUUCCCAUUAUCCUUGAGGCAUGCCAACGACUAUGCGUCAAAGCGCGUUGCUCUAAUUGGCGAUGCAGCUCACACUGUACAUCCUUUGGCAGGCCAAGGAGUUAAUUUGGGUUUUGGAGAUGCAUCUACUCUUUCCAGUGUCAUUUCUGAGGGCAUUGCAGUAGGAGCGGACAUCGGGGAGGUAUCACUACUGAAGAAAUACGAAGCAGAUCGAAAACCAGCGAAUGUGAUGAUGAUGGCAGUACUGGAUGGUUUUCAAAAGGCAUACUCAGUUGAUUUUGGUCCAUUAAACAUUUUAAGAGCUGCUGCAUUUCAUGGGGCUCACCAUAUUUCACCACUUAAAAAGAGCAUCAUCUCGUAUGCGUCGGGGGAGACGAGAUUGCCACUAUUUGCCUAAAGAAGACCGUCAUCAAAAUAAUCACUGAUAAAUUAGGUUUAGAGUGUUUUUUUCCUUGUACAGGAGUAAAUUGUUUUCAGCAAAGCUUUUACGAAUAAUAUGAGACGAAUUGCAUUAAACAGCUCGGUUAUUGAACAAGUAGAAUUCAAAUAUAUUUUGAUUUAA